UUCUUUUAACCGUAAAAAAGAGGGGCGGGUUCGGGGAAAGAAAGGAAGCGUGAAGAAACCCUACGCCUUAAUCCUCAUUGCAGAGAGGAGGUGGGAAAGCGAAGAACCAGAAACCAUGGAUCUAUCGUCGCUCACAGAGGCCCAACAGCAGCAACUCCAACAACUCCAUCAACAGUUUCAGCAGCACCAGCUUCAACAACAGCAACAGCAACAGCAACAGCAACAACAACAGCAACAAGAACAACUCGCGGAACAACAACAACAACAACAACAACAACAACAACAACAGCAAGAUUUAUCCUCUCAAUUCUACGAUCCAUCUCAAGCUCAAGCGUACGAUCAAGCAAGCCAAGCUUAUUACUCUUACCAUCAGUACCAGCAACAACCACAUCAACAGCAAUACGCUGAAUAUUAUCCAGAUUAUACCAAUGCUUAUCAACCACAACAGCAACAAUCUCAGCAGGACACGGCAGCCAUCCAUCCUCCCGGUGUUUCGAUCCCGUCCGAAGCAUCGCAAAUCUUGGCAGUGGCGCAGGGUCAGGGACAGGGCCAGUUUCAAGGACAAGCACAAGCGCAGCAUCAGCAAAAUGCUUAUUAUCACCAAGGGGUUGUUGAACAACAGCAGCCGUCACAGCAGCAGCAGCAGCAACAGCAACAACCACAACAGCCUCAACAACCGAGCUCGUCGUAUCCGGUUCCGCCUGGAUUGAACCCAGCGGCCGCAGCAGCGGUGGCUGCCUUGUCACAAUUGACGCAAUUUGCCGGGACGAUGGAUGCAGCGGAAAGAGCGAUGGCUGGAUUGCAGGAAAGGCAAUGGCACGCCAAUGGGGGUUAUGGUCCAAUUCCGAUGCCGGUGCCAAUGCAGGGGCCGAUGCCACACGGACCAUUUCCUAUGCGACCUGCGGCUUCUUUGCAGGUUGGGAGAUCUACCUACAGGGGGGGUGGCAGAAGGGGUGGCGGGUCAUUCAGAGGUGGUGGUCGAGGUAAUUUUGGCCAGCGGCACUCCAGACCAGAUGGCUCGGGCCCACUAUUCCGUGGGAGGGGACGCAUGGGAAGGGGUGGUGGUAGGCGUUACUCACCACAUGUUGCAGCAUCUACAUCUCAUCCAUCCGGUACAUUGGACCAGGAGGCUGCAGCAUCAGCAGAAGAUGAGGGAGUAGCAUUAGCAGAAGGUGAGGGAGCACCAUCAGCUGUUGGUCAAGGAGAGGCCUCACCGGUUCAAGGACUGCCAACAUCAGUUCCAGUUCCAGGACAGGCAGCUCCAAUCCGGCGUCCUCCACAGAUUGCAUGGUGUGAACUCUGUAGGGUUGACUGUACCAGUUUGGAAAUCCUUGAGCAGCACAAGAAUGGAAAGCGGCAUAAGAAGAACUUACAGAGAUCUGAAGAGUUGCAAAAUGCUAGAAAAAAUAUACCCUCUAUACAAACUGAGCAAAAGCCUGUCUCUGCAACACAGAAUGAGCAAAAACCUGAACCAGCAUUGCCAAGUGAGGGAAAACCUGUGGCUGAAGUACAGAAUGAGAUAAAAUCUGAACCAGCAUUUACAAGUGAGGGAAAAUCUAUGGCUGAAGUACAGAAUGAGCAAAAACCUGCACAAGGAACCGAAAAUGAGCCAUUACCUGUCCCUGAAACUAAGUCAGAAGUUACAACGCAGCCUGAAAAUGUACAAGGGACUGAUGAGAACAAGUCAAUUGCAGACAAUUUACAUACUGAAGUUCCUACUGCUGAAACUAAAAUGGACACCAAGCGGACAAAUAAUUCUGAAGAGCAGUCUGAGAUUACAAAGGUAGAACAGGCAGAAGCACCAGCAAAGCGGCAACGGAUGGAUUGGGUUGACUCUAGGAGGCGUGGUAUGAAGCGGAAGAUGAGGGGGGGUCGGGGGGGUAAGCGUAUGAGGAUGUUUGAACCGCCAAGGAGGUCAGUUGAGCCUCCAAAACCCAAAGAGGUGGUGCCCUUGAUUUGUGACUUGUGCAAUGUCAAGUGUGACACACAGGCUGUUUUUGACUGUCAUUUGGCUGGUAAAAAGCAUCUUACCAAGCUCAAGCGUUUUCAAGGCCACCAAGCUAUGUAUGGGCCAUCGGGGCUUCAGGCUCUUUACCCUCCUAAUCCUAGUGCCCAGUCAAAUUUAUUCAUCCCUCAAGGCCAUCCACAAGGUUAUUAUGGUCCUCAGGGAUCCUUCCCCAAUUUGGCAGGUUAUGGGUUUCCUCAAGCUCACCAAGCAGCAACAGCAGUCAGUCAAGGUCACCAAGCAGCAGCAGCUGUCGCCAGUCAAGUUCAAAUAGCAGCAACUGCAGCAGGUGGCUCAGAAGUGCAAGUUCAACGAUCUGAGCCCCAUGCCAUGCUUGAACCUGGAGUGCAGAGUACUGCUGCAGUAGAACCUGGUGGUCAAAAGGAGACCUAUGCAGUGGAGGCAGUAUGCCAACAAGCUGCCUCUGUGGGGACCAAAUCUGAGAACAGUAAUUCAGUUUCUGAAGGAAAGGAGUUCAGCGCUGCACUGGAUAACUCAGUUGUGCCUCCAUCAUCAAUGAAUAUUGUUAUGGAAGCUGACAAAGUUCUUCCAGCAACAGAUAAUUCUGGUCCUGCCCCAGUGUAUGGGCAUGUCUUGUCGACUGGACUGGAUAUCAAAAUGGAUGACCAUGGUUCUAAGAACGAAGAACCAACUGCAUGAGUGGACUGGGUACUGAUUCACAGUUUCCAUUAUCCAUGUCACUUAAUGGUACUGUUUCUAGUUUAUGGUUGGUACCUUAGGACUAAGAGUUUUACAGAUUCUGGUUUAAGCAAGUUUGGUUCGAGACAUACCAUAUUAAUGGAAAUUCAUUAGACAUAUCAUGAUCACCAUCCAUCUGGGGACAACCGACCUGUUAUUUUUUUGUCAAUCAAGGUUCACCUGUUCUUCUAAAUUACUUGGGGCUUCUUUCUUGGUUAGUUAUUUGUUUCUCUACUUCUGG